AGAGCUAGUGACUCUCUAGUCAACUUGAGUUUACAAAAGUCAUCCUGGGGAACUCUUCAAUGUUAUUAGCCUCAACUCCUAGAUAUAUUUACACGAUUUGUGGUUCAACUCUUCAGAUUAUAUCAAAUAGUGUGAUCCUCAUCUGAUUCAUCUUUACUAUGUACUGUGUGCGUGUGUGCUUUAAAAAAAAUACACUUCAUCUGCCAAGAUAUUUGGACUUUUUUUGUGUAAUCUCCGUUGUACAUUAAGUUGACACUCUGAACAUUGUAUGUCUAGUAGAGAUGUGAACGUAGUCGACAGAUAUAUUUAGUUCAAACUAAAGUCUACUUUUAAACAAUUGAUGGCAAUAGCUACACUGUCAUGGCCAGCUGCAACAGAGAGAUGUAUUCUUUCAUUUUUUUAGGACUCAGUAUUUAAAAGAAAAAAACCGGUACUGAAUCUAUUGAGCUACUAUUGUCUAUUUGUUGUGAUAUCGAUUUAGUGUGCGAAGGAAAGAGGCUAAAUUCAUAUAAGUAAAUUGUAUAGAGCUUCAUGCAAUGAAAACAUAAUUAUCAUGGGCUGUUGUUAUUCAAACCCUACUCCUGUCUCGCCUGCCUUGGAGGACAUAGACACGGGGCCCUUUUAUUCAGGGCCGAAGGCGGAGUACGACUUUAUCAACGUGGGCGUGACCUUAUCAGCUAAGGUUUCUCUCAGGAGCACACAACUUGUCACCAGUGAUGUGGACACCUACUAUCCACUGUUGUCACAACAGUACGACAAAGGAUAUAGGUUGCUGUCUUUUUAUCAUAUCCCUGGUCAGGGGAGAAGGAAAGGCUUUUUUACACCAACUUUGAUCACAACAUUUCAAGGCAUUUUCUGUCGUUACCAAGACAAAGAUGACGGGACACAUUAUAGACUACGGGUUGAAAAGGCCGUGAUCAAAUUGGAGCGCGGCAUCUUCCAACGAGGAUGCUGUUCGGCCAAUGUUUCUAUUGUCUCUGACAUCAGUCACAUGCAGCAACUGAUUGACACUAACGCCGCGGAUGGGGCACGUCUUGUCUGUAUAGAGUUAACAGGACAAGAGGUACUCAAGCGGUCAUGGAGGCCUCAACUGCCAUCAAUGGGCGUCGACAUUUUCUUUGAUCAUCCCAUCGACAGAGUGUCUGAAACUUACAUCUAUAAUACUGUCUCUGUCCCAAUACUGGUCACUUAUACAAACUCUUUCCGUCCGAAGCCUGUUGUCCAUUGCGACUGGCAAGGUACGAUGGACAGAUAUUUACAGCAAGGCUUUAAACUGAUAGAGAUUUUCAUGGAUUUUUCAAAUAGUUCUCAGGCUAGUUUUUGCAGCGGUCAAGUAGAAAUUGGCUCCAAAUGGUUCUUUGAAAAGCCAACAUCAAAAGCCGAUGAUUCCAGCGCACUGUAUGAAGGCAAGGUGGUAGAACAUUAUAUCAAGAUCUCUGUGUCAGGUCUGAAUGAGAUGAAGACCAAAGCAGAAUGGGAGCCAGUUAUUCAGGGCUCCAAUAUCUUGUGAUUGUCUCAGAAUAUAGAAAUGGAAGAAAAAUGAGCUCUGACCGAAGUUCUGGAUAGUUCGAGACUGCAAUGAUUCCAAACAAUGUUCCACUGCUACCUGACCCUCAAACCACUGUAAUCUUUUUUUUUUCCGAUUUAUUCAAUUUUGGAAAAGUUUACAUUGCCAAAAACACACACAAGAUAAACUAAACAGGUUUCAUGCUCUAAUUACAAGAAAAGUAAAACUUGUUCAGAAAUUGUUCAUAGUUUAUGCGUUCAUUUUGGUUGUCUAUUUCCUCGCUCUAGAUACAUAAUCCUCAUACAUCCAACAUGGGCUUACAUCUAGACACAUGAAAGUCCUCCUACACCCCACAUGGGCUUACAUCUAGACACAUGAAAGUCCCCCUACACCCCACAUGGGCUUACAUCUAGACACAUGAAAGUCCUCAUACACCCCACAUGUGCUUGCAUCUAGACACAUGAAAGUCCUCCUACACCCCACAUGUGCUUACAUCUCACACGAAACGAAAUGUUUGGGCUUGGGAUUUUUGAAGGUUACUUUCAUAAUGACUAUUAAGUCCAACAUUUGUGCGGCGACACAUAAUACAAAAAGUUUUUUUUUACGAAUGGCUUGUUCUCAUUACUCACCCACUGUAAUCUCUUUCAAGUCUUGCUGAGACGAUGAAGAUUUAGGUGUUUCUUGAAGCCCAGGACGCUCUCCUGUUCUCUUUACAAUGCUCUCACUAGUAUUGAUAAACGUUUUUUUUUUCUGGUUUAGAAAAUUUUAUUAUUGUUUUAAAAUUAAAUUUGAUUAAUUAAACAAUAAAAUUUGAAAAUCUUUUAUUAAGUCAUAUGAUCAAAGGGAAUCUAUCCAUAUAAAAAAACAAAAUAACAAAUAGCUACCAUGAGUUUAUUUCCUUGCUAGCCGCUGCUAUGGUGUCUUGUGGAAACUCAGCGUAAACAUAUUGACUAAUAUUACAUUUGUUUUCUUUCACUUUAAAUGUAGCAAACCACCUGAUAUAGGUUUUGGCGGAGAUUGUGUAUUA